AUGCGCGCCGCGAGGUACCGUCGCGCGCGUCGACGCGUCGACGACCGGGACAGCGGCCGCGGCCGUGGUGUCGUCGCGCUGUGCGCGGUCGUCGUCGCGCUCGCGCGGGUGAGAACGAGCGGUGGUGAAGCGAUAUGGGGGUUAGAGACCGUGUACGAUGGUUUGGGGUAUAAUCCAGAGUUCCCGACGCAGGUUUGCGGCCCGUCCAAGGAUGGGAACUCUUUUCGCGCCGCGGGUUGCAAACCGGCGAUUACAGAGAAGGAUUCGUACGGCACCGCGGGUGAUCCGGGAUUUAGUUUCGCGAGGUACGCGUAUAAAGGAAAAUCAUACGGGCCACCAUAUAAUAAUGUAGCGGACGUGGCGGCGUGUACGUACUCGUUGACGUACGCCGCGGCGGAGGCGGCGGGCCUGGAGCACUGCUUUUACGCUCCGUACACGGGUGGCGUGCCGACGACGACGGUGCAGAAGACGACGACGAACUUGGGAUACUCCACUCUAGGUUGGCGUCUACCCUUGGCUGAAUGGCGAGAUAAGUUGCCGGAUUACGUGGUGGAACGAUACGAAUUACCGCCGCUUCGGUUGGGCUUCGAGGAGGGGACGUUUUGGCCGAAUUGGAAGCUACUCUCGAGCGGUUUGCCAAACUUUGCCGUGACGAAGACAUGUUUUCUUGAAGCGCACAGCGGAGACUAUCAGCUGUGUAGCGCCUAUCCGACGGAGCGUCGCGAAGAUAUUCACGGCGUCCUUCAAGUGCAAAGCAUCUCAUUCGCACUCGGGCGUGGGAGCUUGUUCUUUGAGGCAAACGGCGGAGAUAAAAACGUCCCAGACAUACCUCAAGACCCGUAUCCCAUAGCUUCGCACGGGAAAGGUGCGCUUGGAGUUGCGUUAACGAGGAUUAGCGAUGGGUAUCGAGUGCUGACAAAACCUGUGCGCGCGAGAAGAUAUUGGGAAACCUUACGUUGGGAGGAGUCUUUACUCGCACAGUAUUACGGGGAGGUUUUUAGGUUGGAGAUUUUCGAUUAUCGUUCGGGUUCGUUCGGUUGGCUCGCGGUGGAUUCUUUCGUAAUUCCGCAGGCGCCUGUUAUCAUCACGGAGGUGACUCCAUCGAUUGGACCUCGAGUCGGUGGCACGAGAAUCACUAUCAGCGGGCAAAACUUUGGAAGUUCCGUUGACGACAAAACCGUGUUCAUCGGCGAUAAAGAAUGCAUCGACUUACGCAUGAGUUAUUCUCGUUGUUCGUCCGAUACCACCGUUUGUGCUGGUGCGUUGAGCUGUACUACACCAGCAGGUUCCGGGGUAGGUCUCACAGUAGCGGUGGUGAUUGGAGACCCAACCGUCGUCCGCAUCGCAGGGCCGCGAGGUGGGUUCCAAGCGGGUUUUUGCGGCGAUGAAUCGACCGAGCAUCCCUUCUCCGAAUGUGCAAUAGAUGCAAUCGAUGCUGUCGCUGGAGCGCGAAAGCGUGGCUUUACUUACGCUGAUCCUCCGACGGUGACAAGUACGCCAGUCACGAGUGCGAUCCAAGACAUUCAGUACGAGUACACGCUCAUUGCUACGGACCCAGACGAGAACGACUUAUUGACGUAUACGGCAAUUACGUUACCAACGUUUUUGCAGUUUGAUCCAACGACUCGUCUACUUACUGGCGUGCCAUUACGGUCAGAUGUACAAUGUAGGAGCAACAAUUGGCACCCAGCUUCUGAGCGCUGCGCGUUGGGAGCAACGUAUCAAGUUGAGUUUGAGAUCUCGGACUCAAUAUACAGAGUUCAGCACAACUUUGAAGUGAAAGUGACGACGAAUGAGACCUCACUUCUUGUUGAUAAGUCCUUUCACUGGGAAAACGCGUUACAAAUCUUUGAAAAAUACGAAGCCGUCGUUGCUUUGGGGUCGGUUACAGAAUCGCUCAAAGCCUUGGAAAAUAGGAACGUGACGAGUCCGACAGAAAUCGUUGGCUUCAAUUAUAGAAAUCCUUUGAAUGAUGAGGAUAAAACGAUCCGUAAUGCCCUCAUCGCUAUUGCAGAGAAGCCGAAUAUCGAUGAAGUCGACGUCGAUGCGGCCAUUCAGUGGCUGCAAACGAACAACUCUGACGCCGUAAACCUUGAUAUGAUCCAGGCGCUCAAAGAGCAAGUUGCGGUACAGAAGCGAGGAGACGUAUCCAGCGGUGCUUCGGCACCAGCGUUGCAAGGCGUCAGCUGGAAAGGCUGGUUAAAUUAUUUUAAAAAACUAGGAACGUCGCUCGGCGCUGGAUCUGCCGUUUACACAAAUGUUGCUGGGCUCCCCGUUCCAGCCGGCGCAACGAAAAUGCUUACGCGGGAGAAGAUAAUUGUCAUCAAACUAUCGACUCCUUGCAACUCGACCGCGUUGAACACGGACAGAUAUAUUCCAUCAUGUGACGCGGUUGUGGGUAUGUCAUCACAGCACGAGGUCUGGCUCGGAUUCAGUGACUACGGAACAACGUUGGAGGAUGUCAUCGUGUUCCCCGAGGAUUUUGAGUUUGCGGAUCUUGUUACGUCGGCCGUCUUUACACAAGACGUUCCAGGUUUUCUCGGUCAAUUAACUAGACGAAUGGUGGCGCAAUCAGCAAAGCUACAGGAAAUCGCAACAUUGGGCGAAACACACCUUGUAUGGUUCGAUACAUCCACGUCUAUGCUAACCGUGAACAUGACCAUCAAGUCUUCACCGGUGAAAGCAGUCAUGCAACUUGCAACUUCGUAUCCUUAUCCCGAACCUGGAAAGUAUGGAUUACCCGAGAUUAGCGUUGUGAGCUGCGAUAACGUGGCGUACGACUAUGAAAACGCGCUCAUUUCAUUCAGCAAUACCAUGACGAGAACUGGUGGAUCUUUGACCAGUCGUCUCGCAGCGUUGGCGAACGAUGUCUCAACAUUUGCGUCACGGUGCAAAAAUUUAUGCAACGGUCAGGGUCUGUGCCAAGAUUCGCAACUGCCACCCGUUUGUCAGUGUUAUCAGGACUACUUCGGCGAUGAUUGCUCGCAAGUAACGUGUCCGAAUGAUUGCAGUAAUAAUGGCGCCUGCGAUUCGAGGCAAGUAUGUACGCACUUCCCGGAAAGCGGCGAAACAGACUGCUCCGGUGGAACUGGAAAGUGUGCGUGUAAUUACCCUUACUUUGGCAAGGAUUGCUCGUUAAAAACAUGUGCGAAGAAUUUCAUCGUUUUUGAAGGUAAUUCGACGCACAAGCUCGACGUCACGGCCGGAACGCAACCUAUCAAGGACAAAUACACCGCGCUCGGUCUCGAUGUGUAUGACGUGAAGAUUAGCGAAACCAAUGGUGACCAACCUGCAGCUUGGGCAAUUCAAGGAGACGAGCUUAGCUUGGCGCAUCUUGUUGGAUCGGCUUACGUGGAAUUUACCAGCUCUGAAGACGGAGAAACGGCGAGAUCACUGGAGCCAUUUUACGUUGACUCUAUCCCCAGUCGUGGCGUCGCAAUCGAGGCACAAUAUUUUGCGCAGGAGUACCGCACUUUCGUAAAGCGUGAGCAACAGCUACUAGAUUUGUUCGGCAAAAGCUCAUCAGAGUGCAACGCCGCCGGUGCUUGUGCCUUUGAAACCGGUACGUGCUUCUGUGCGACGCAGUAUUAUGGGGCCGGUUGUGAAUUUCAGUACUGCGCAAAUGAUUGUGCAGGUCACGGUACGUGCAAUAAGCUUACCGGUGUGUGUACGUGCGAAACACACUACGUGACAGAUGAAACAUAUGGAUGCGCUUUGAAGGACUAUAGUUUGAUUUCAACCACGUGCACUGACGAAGCACUUGAUAGAGAGGUUGAUGACGCUGAUCUGCGCGUGCGUCCAUUACACGCAUCAUGUCUCUUUGGUACAAGAUUGGGUAGCCCUGUGACUGGCACGACGACGACUUAUAUCACUGACUUACAAGGUAAUGUGUGUUUGGAUUGCUCUGGUUAUACUCUAGAGUCGAACUCCAGGAUUUAUUUUUACGAAGACGAACCAUGCACUUCGUCUGCUGGGAACCGCGAAGACUUUUGCGACAACACGAAAGAGUCCUACGACACCAUCGUUCGCGGCAUUGGCAUGAUACCCGCUGGAGACAGUGGGUCGACUCUUUCAUUCAACCUCGCCGCCAUGCGUACAUCGGAUAUUCAGUUUUCUAUUUUCAAGGCAAAGGCGGGGAUCGUAAGAGAGCAUUUAGCUGACAUCGAUGCGGGCGGUUGUGGUGCAUGUACGGACGAUAAUCCCCAGUGCGGCGCCAUAUUCACUAUCGCCGUCGAUGGUGUUACCGUAUGGACUUCGUUGGUGAACAACAAGUACUCCGAGAUCAACAUCGAUAUCAGCGCUGCCAGUACCAUGACACUCUCCACAGCAAAGUACACCCCGCCGUAUUGGCGUUCCAACGUCUUGCCUGGUCUCGCAGGACAAGACGCACCUGCCGUUUGGUGCGAUGGCGCCGCUUGGGCGGACGCAGAGUUCUAUUAGCUUUUAGCCGAGUAUUCACACGAAUGCCA